AUGAGAGUGGCAGUUAGUGAAGAAGUCAUCCGAAGUGACAGUUUGCAGUCCUCGCCGAUCGGAGAUCUCACGAUGGUCAUCCCGCCGCCGUUCAUCUACAGAAACUCAUUGACAGUUCCGCCGAACCCGUUCUUCAUAAGUGACAGCGUCGUUGGGUCAGUUCUAUUGUGUUUUUGUAUGGAUUAAAUUAACUCUGUUCCAGAUAUUGCGAUGAACCGCCGUCCUACAGCGAGGUUGUAGAUCGCGGGGUCUCUCCGAUUCCGUGCCAACCGAAAGUGGUUCCUCCAGAGAUUUAA